CUUCCGCGUUAAAGAAAAAGGUGGAUAGUUAUCGUCCUUGUUGUGAACAGGCCUUUAGUCUAAUGAAGCCAUUCGAUUUCUUUGUGUGAGGGACAGACCAAAAUAUUGCUCUCUAUCUUAGCUCUCAAAUCAAAUCUCAUAUUCAGAUGUAAGUAGUGUCAGGUGUGACGCAGUGUUCAUCAGUUUUCAUGCAGUCUUUCAGAAACUUUUUUAUUUUUAUUGUAGUAUUAAUAACUGUAGGUCUUUUGACAGGAACUAUCGUUACCAUGGUUAUUUUUGUAAGGGUCAACAUUCUUUCAAUGCAGAGCCAUCUUCAAAAGUUCAGUUUAGUCUGGGAAAUUUGCAUAUCUCGUAGGUGGAAGCCUGGUAUUGUCAACUUGUUUAUCUAUUACAGUGAUCUGUUUCUUGGUUUCGUUUUAGAAAAAGUAUAAAUGUACCUUCACAUAUGCGUGUCAAGGAGGAACCAAUGAGCAAUGGCAAAUGAGCAUUGGACUAAGUGACGAUGACCAGAUGUUUUCCUGUUCAGUAUGGAGGCCCCAAGGGAAGUCCUACUUGUUUUUUACCCAGUUCAAAGCCGAGAUAAAAGGAGCCAAGAUUGAGUACGCCACCGCAUAUUCCCAGACGGCCGUGGGUGGACAGAGAGAUGUCGCUUUGAAGGAAGAAGAGUACAUUGUGUCAGCGUCUUCAGUGACCCACAGAGAAGGUAAAUUCCAUUCCGAGCUUUCCAAGCUCACUGUCAUUGGUCGGACACGCCACGAUGAACUCUGAUUGGCCGAUCCGAAAGAGGAUUGUCCCAUCACUCGGGGACAUUUAUUUGAGAGCUAUGGACACUCUGCCACUUAACUGCUCACUGUCAUAAGUCAAGCAAAGGAAAUCAAACCAUGGGAAGUUAUGAAAGAACGAACUUCCUGUGAUAGAAAAUACUACAGCGAUUUCCUCUAGAGGCAGCAUUACGCUAGUGGCCAAGAACUGGGUGAUUGGUAGAUGAAAAGUCUACUAUCGGACAUGAGGAAAAUAAAAUAUAUUUGUGAGGUGAUAUGAAGGCUUUUUCAAAUUAAGUUCAGAGCAGUAGAUUGAUUUCUAUUCCUGGCAGCCUUUAUCGGUUUAGGGUUUCAGCCUGACUUUGACUUCAUACCUGCAAAUCUGAUUAUCAUGAGCGCAUUCAUGCUCAUACUUACUUUCUUAA